CAAAUCAAAUCGCUUCCUUUUUCUCUCCGUCUCCCUCGGCUCGGCUCCCGCGACCAUGUCCGCGCGCCCGCCCCCGCCGCCGCGCCCGCGCCUCUCGCUGCCGCCGCGCUCCAACGCCGAGUCGCUCUUCUCCGGCACCGGCGACGCCAGCCCCGGCCCGCUCACGCUCGCCUCCGCGCUCUUCCCCUCCGACGCCGACGCCAGCGGCGGCGCCGGCGGCGAUAGCGGCAGCGGCGCCUCCUCUGGCGCGGGGCCCACGAGCUUCACCCAGCUGCUCAUCGGCUCCCUCUCGCAGCCGCCUCCCAAUCAGCAGCCGCAGGAGAGAGGCAGAGGCGGCGGGGUCGCCAGGCCGGGGCCGGCGCUCUCCGUCGCGCCGCCGCCGGGGGCCAACGUCUUCACCGUGCCCCCUGGGCUUAGCCCCUCCGGCUUAUUCGACUCCCCCGGCCUAAUCUUCUCGCCGGCCAUGGGGGGUUUCGGCAUGUCGCACCAACAGGCUCUGGCCCAAGUCACAGCCCAAGCAAGUCAUUCUCCGCUCAGAAGGUUUGAUCACAUUGAACAACCAUCAUUUUCAGCAGCUGCAGCAUCAUCUGGAGCUCUACAGCAUAUGAGCUCCGCACCCAACAUGGAGGUGACAAUAUCGAACAAUGACAAUGCAGUCUUUCAAUCUGCUGAGGCAUCUCACAGGUACCAAGUUCCUGCCCCUGUUGAUAAGCCUGCCGAUGAUGGCUAUAAUUGGCGGAAAUAUGGUCAGAAGGUGGUGAAGGGCAGUGAUUGCCCAAGGAGCUACUACAAAUGUACUCAUGCCAAUUGUCCUGUGAAGAAAAAAGUCGAGCAUGCAGAAGAUGGUCAAAUAUCUGAGAUAAUAUAUAAAGGGAAACACAAUCACCAACGUCCACCAAAUAAGCGGCCAAAAGAUGGCAGCUCUUCAGCAGCCGAGCAAAACGAACAAUCCAAUGACACAGCAUCUGGUUUGUCAGGUGUUAGGAGAGAUCAGGAAGCUGUAUAUGGAAUGUCUGAGCAAUUAUCUGGUUUAAGUGAGGGAGAUGAUAAGGAUGAUAGGGAUGAUGGAGAAUCUAGGCCAAAUGAAGUUGAUGAUAGGGAGGGUGACUGCAAAAGAAGGAAUAUACAAAUUUCUUCACAGAAGACCCUGACGGAGUCUAAGAUCAUUGUGGAAACAACCAGUGAAGUUGACCUCUUGGAUGAUGGUUAUAGAUGGCGCAAGUAUGGGCAGAAGGUGGUGAAAGGAAAUCCUCAUCCCAGGAGUUACUAUAAGUGCACCUUUGCUGGAUGCAAUGUCAGGAAGCACAUCGAGAGGGCCUCGUCAGACCCCAAGGCUGUCAUAACAACUUAUGAAGGAAAACAUAACCAUGAACCGCCAGUUGGUAGGGGCAACAACCAGAAUGGUGGAAAUUCAGCAUCCUCCAACAGGUCACAACAGAAAGGGCCAAAUAGUAUGUCCAUCAAUCAAGGUUCGCUUACAAGGACAGACCUUAGCAACAGUAACCAGAGGCAAGUUGGAGUUUUACAGUUUAAAAGGGAAGAAUAGACUCUGUUUGGACUCUCGAUACAGAGUUGUAACAGUGGUAUUUCGUUCGCUUUAUUCUGGCAAAGAUUGGAUGCGUGCAAUCCCUGAAGUCAUAUUGCUCCAGACGUUCUUACAGUCACACAAUACAACAAUAUCAUUAUUUGCAGUUUUCGCACAGAUACACAGAAUUGCUCAUACAGCACAGAUAAUCGGAAUUGCCAAUUGAUGCAAAUGCAGUAUAAUACUGGCUAGGUGGAAGCUAUGUAUACUUGUUUAUGUAGAAGUGUCAGUUGUUUACAUGUUCACAUUGUAACUUAGAAUAAUUAUUCCCUGGCAUGUUUUUGUUUGUAUUGUAAUAAGAUUAAAAGGGUAACUGAAUGUACAGAUGUUUCUGGUGUCUC